CGCGAGCGGGUAAUUAAAGCAGAGACUAAACAAUUUUUUUGACAAGAAAUUUUUUUCCGAAAAUAUUAUUCCAAAAACGUCGAAGCAUAACAUUGCCGAGAUUUCGGUUUAGACGGUUUAUUCUGUAUAAAAAAAAAAUUAAUUUGCUAGCGGAACACAUAAACCAACACAUACAUUGAGAGAGAGAGAGAGAGAUUUUAUUUAAAUGUAUUUAUUAUGCACGGAAUAUUCGCUGGAAGGAUGUGUUUUUUUACCCCAAAUGGAUAGGUUAAUUAGUGUCAAUUAGAAAAUUUUUGAGUUUUUCUUUGGAAUUUUUCCGCUUUUAUUUGAACAUAACUAACUGUCGGUGAAAUAGAUUUUUUUUGUAAGUGAAAAGAAAAAAGGAAUGGUAUAAUAAAGCACGUAACAUAAAAAUGGAUCUGUGUAAAAUUGGAUAAAAAAAAUUCUCUGCAGUGUGAAAAAACGGUUAAAUGUGUGCUUUUAUGUGUGAAAGUAAUUUGAAAAGAAGAAAAAACAUAAGCUGCCAGACAAACGACCGACCGAAUGAAAUGAAUUUCUCAAAAUUCAAUAAUCGAUAAAAAUAAAACGAUAAAUAAUACGGAGAAAUUCUCCGGUGGAUAAUACACUUUUGAUUAAUGUUUGUACCAGGAAUGUGCGAUGGCUGUUUUUAUUUUUCGGUGUGUUGUGCUAAUUUAAAUUAAUGUGCACAAUUUCACAGUGAAGUACUUUGAAAGCGUUGAACGAGAGAACUAUUUUUCACGAAACAUAAAAUCCCCGAAAAUUUUUUUUUGGUUUGACAAAUAGACACAACCGAAUUACCCGAUUAGCGAAGUAAUCAUGAAACGUUUUUAAGUGAAAUGGGCCGCAAUGUUUAUCAAUUUCACUCGUUUAUGUACCGAACCAUUAUACGCAAAGUGUGUUUGUAAGUUAAUGCGCUAACUCAAUUUUCACUGGUGGUAUUUUGGAAAAUUAAUCGAAAUUGUAUGCAAAUUUUCUGUUUUAUUUUCGUUAUACCCGACACAAAAAAAAUAUUAUUGUUGUUGUUGUUGCUACUGCUGUUAUAUAAAUAUAUAUAUGUGCUGUUUUUACUCAUUGUGAACGGAUGCGAACAGAACUUUGUACUUUUUAGAUCCGAAUUUUCACAGAGAGGAGAAUAACAAAAUUAAAAAACCGAAAAUAAUUCUCGGGUUGAGUUUUUUUUUUUCAUUUUGCGGUGAAUUCCAUAAAUGGAUGUUAUUGUAGAAAAGUAAAUUCUCCAUUUGAAAAUAAAUAAAAACAAAAAAGUAAAAGAAAAAUUUCAUAUAAAAAAAGGAUUACAAGUAUCAUCGUGCUGGGAUUAAUAAUAAAAGGGUGGAUUUGAACCGACGACCUCUCGUCACAGAAUGUACUCUACUUGUAGAACGAAACAGAAUUUUGAAUAAAUGAUCAAGGUGUAAAGGUGCUGGAAAAUCAGAGUCAUUGCUUCCAAAUGGACUCCGACGAACAAUGCCAUACAACUUAAUUGAACCAUAAACAUAUGUAUUCUGCAUACCAUUGCUGUUUCCAUUCGGCAAAAAUUAUUUUGCAUUAAAUUUAUCAAUUAAACACAACAUUGUUGUACCACUGCUGUGUGUGUACAAUGUAUAUCCAGAGUAUUUAUAUUAUUGAUGUUGUGUACGAGCAAGUGAUGUGAAACAAUUUAUAUAAUAAACGAGCCUGAGAACACAGCACACCCACACACAUAUUGCCAAGAAUAACAAUAUCCGCAACAAAAGGAAAUUUCUGUACCAAAUAUGACUAAUCAAAAUAUGUUCGCUAACAACAUCGAAUCAAUACAAUGGAAAAUGGGGUGGUGGUGAAUCGAAUCCCAACCGAUAUAACCGUGUGCUUGUGAACGGGUGUGGAAACGACGCAACGUUCAAAACGAAAUUAAGAUCAUUUUCGAAGUAGAAACACUAUUUGUACAGCUACAUCGAAGAAUACCUUUGUGUAGUUUCGAUUGUGUAAAUUGCAAAUUAAUUGCACAGCUGGGAACAAGUAUGGCAUCGGCGAGAACUAUUUUUGUGUUAUUGAUGGAAACGAUGUUGUUUUUUGGUGCAUCUUAUUUAGCAAUGGGAGCUCAACGGGAAUCAUCCAAGCCCAAGGAAUACUUAGGCACAUACGUGAAUAAUGGAGCACACAGUAAGAACAAUAUAGAAAUAGAGGAACCACGAAACGGACCUUAUUUUGAUAAAUCGGCCUCAAAAAAUGUGACUGCAUUGCUAGGAAAAACUGCUUACCUUAAUUGUAGAGUGAAAAAUUUAGGAAACAAAACGACGAUACUACAGGUGUCAUGGGUACGACAUCGUGAUAUUCAUUUGCUAACUGUCGGCCGAUAUACAUACACAUCUGAUCAACGUUUUCGUGCUUUACAUCAUCCACAUUCGGAGGAUUGGAUACUUCAAAUCAAAUAUCCACAGCACAGAGAUUCAGGCAUUUAUGAAUGUCAAGUGUCUACGAGCAGCCCUAUGAGCCAUUACAUCCACCUGAAUGUUAUUGAACCAUCCACAGAAAUUAUUGGUGCUCCAGAUUUAUACAUUGAAAGCGGUUCAACUAUAAAUUUAACAUGCGUUAUAUUGAACUCACCGGAACCACCAGCAUACAUUUUUUGGAAUCACAACAAUGCGAUUAUAACAUACGAAUCACCCAGAGGCGGUGUAUCGGUGUUAACAAAAAAGGAUGAAACCACCACAUCGUUUCUGCUGAUCAAAAACGCACGACCAUCAGACUCUGGACAAUAUCAAUGCAAUCCGUCCAAUGCAAAAAGCAAGAGUGUGAUGGUGCAUGUUCUAAAUGGUGCUUCGCAUUCUGUUUCCAGGGGAGUACCCAGCAGCAAUGCAGCGCGCGGCGCGUCCUCAUCAUCCAAUGUCAUCAAAUCACUACCUAUUUGUAUGCAUUUCAGUACUAUUUUCUACAUGGUUUUUGGCAUUUGCCAACCACUACAAAUGCUUGCGCACAUAAUGGUGCUGGCUUAUAGAUGGUUGUUGAAAAAUGCCCAGCUCUUUUUUAUCAGUUCAACGCACAUCCAACUAACUAAUUAUUAUUUUAAUAUUCGACGGAAAAACCAUUUGCUGUUUUUCAAACGAACAUAUAGACUAUGUAUUAAUGCAUGUAAUGCCAGUAGAUGUUUAAAUUAUAAUCGAUUGCGAUAUUUGCUGAUAUUGUGGCGUGGAAAAUUUGCUGUUAGGUAAAAUAUAAUGAAAAAUGAAAAUAUGAAAAGAAAUUAAUUUUUAGCAGAAAAAAAUAAAUAAAUAAAAAAACUGAAAAAAUAUUUAUAAAUGAAGAUGUAAAGUAUGUAAUAAAAA